AACUCUAAAAAUGAGCGACACCACGGCGGCCACAUUGGUUCCCCCGACAUGGCCUAUGAUGAUGUUUUAUGGAAUGUCCAUUGUAUCACUUCCUCUUUAUUUGGUAGUAUUUGUGUGUCUUCUACGUCUUCGAUAUGUUUCAAAAACUUACAAUUCCACGUUUUAUUCAAUUUUAUUGCAACAUUGUAUAGCUGAUCUUCUAGCAAUGCUUAUAUUUUUUGUCACGAAUCCAAUGCGAACUAUUCCCUUAAUUCGAGAAUUUUUCUUUAAUUACCAAAGUUUUUAUAUAGCAGCUGCCAGCUACAACUCCAUAUAUUAUUUUUUAUACAUUAGAUGUACUGGAAUCAUUUUUCUCUCUUUACAAAGAUAUUUUGUUAUCUGCUGUCCAAUGCUUCAAUUUACCUAUAAAAUUCAAAAUGCUUCGAAACUGACAAUUGUUGUUAUAUAUUGGAUUGUACCUACAGUAAUCAGUGCUGUGGUUUUGAAAGACACAGAUUUUUCAUAUGAUAGUUUUGAAAGAAUGGCUAUUAUUGCUGAUCAAGAUGUUAUUCAGAGGAACACUCUGAUGGCACUCGUUGUAGUUGGUCUAACCUGUAUUUUGUGCUCAUUGGCAUAUGGAGCACUUUUCUAUUAUAUUCGAAAACAUACUGCAGGACUAUCAAGAUCUCUCCGACGAGAGCUACACUUGGCAUUUCAAGUCUUCGUGUUACUUCUUGCAUUCUUUGCAAUUCUGGUCUAUUAUGCAUUUCAAAAUUAUUUUUCUCAAACUCACAAUACUGGACCAAUAUUCUACAUGCGUGCUCUGUAUCCUGUUGCAAAUGGGCUUCUAUCGUACAUCAACCCAUUUUGCAUACUAUUUUUAAACCGGGAUCUAGCACGUCAAGUCAUUAAAACAAUUAAAUGCUCAAAGUAUCAAGUGAGCGAUGCUCAAGUAUCUGGAAAUGUGACAACGUCGACAAAACGUGCAAGUAAGAAAGGAAUUGAUCUAUUGAGAAGAUCUUCGGAAGAACCAACUCCACAAGUUCUAAUUCUAUAAAAAUAAAUUUUUUUAAAA